AUGGAGAAGCAUUAUCGUGUUGUGAUUGUUGGAGCUGGUAUCGCCGGUCUUUCAUGUGCAAAAUAUUUGAUUGAAAAUGGUAUUAAUGAUUUUGUUAUCAUUGAAGCACAUGAUCAAAUUGGUGGUCGUUGCCGAACUAUUGAACUUUUUGAACAUCCAAUUGAAUUGGGUGCUGAAUCAUUACAUGGUGAAUUAUUAAAUAAUCCAUUAUACCAAUUAGCUGAAGAACAUCGUCUUAUUGACAUUGAUGACAAAGGAUCUGACCGAGAUGAUUGUUAUCAUGAUGAAGAUGCUGAAUCGAUUGAUGAAGAUGUUGUUGAUGAAGUACGAAAAGUUUAUGAUGAAAUAUUAGAAAAAAAAGUUCCAACAUAUCCAUAUGAAAAUUAUCCUGAUUUAUCAUUAGGUGAAUUUAUUUCAGCCGAAUUCGAACAAUAUAUUACAAUGAAAAAAUUAACAUUAGAUAAAGAUGAAUUAGAUGAACAACAAAAAGUUAUUGAUUGGCUUAGUAAACAACAUCCAUAUUUAAAUACAAUUGGCUGUAAUAAAUUAACAGAUGUAUCGGUACAAGGUAAAAUGAACUAA